CAUAUUGGAAGAUAAUAGCCACAUGCCGGUGAGAUGACGUGGAAGAUAAUAGCUUGUAGUGUGAAAAUACCUCAUUGACCUUUCGACAAUCCACGCAAUCGACUAAUUCCACGGAUCUGCUUACGCAUUGAUUCUUGAUAACCCUCUUCUUCUUCUCCUACACAUACCAGAUUCUACCAAUCAUUUGCUCAAAAAGGAAUCAUGGGUCUUAAAGCUGGAACCUUUGUGCUUCUCUUGUUGGGUUUGAUCUUGGUUUCUGACGCUAGAUCUUUUGUUGACUCCACCCUCUCAGAAAAAGUUUCCAACAAGGAAGAUGUUUGCACUCUGUGUGAGGAAUAUGUUACUGAUGCUCUCAGCUACCUUGAGAAAAAUGUCACACAGGCGGAGAUUAUUGAGGAUCUUCAUGAUCGGUGUUCCCAAUUGCGCGGAUUUUCGCAGCAGUGCAUAACUUUGGUUGAUUACUAUGUUCCUCUCUUCUUCUUACAACUGGAGUCGUUUCAACCUCACUAUUUCUGCAAGAGGAUGAAUCUUUGUGGCAAAGUUGUAGCUCUUGUCGAAGAAGUCCGUCAGGACAGUUGCGGUGUAUGCCACAGGACUGUUUCAGAGAUUCUCAUCAAACUACAAGAUCCCGAUACACAGCUGGAUAUCGUUGAACUGCUUCUCAAGGGAUGCAAAUCACUCAAGAACUACGAGAAGAAGUGCAAGACGUUGGUAUUCGAAUAUGGACCUCUGAUCCUCGUAAAUGCAGAGGAAUUCCUAGUGAAAAACGACGUCUGCACACUCUUACGCGCAUGUCCGGCUGAGAAAUCGGUUCUAAGGCAGCCAGAGUUGGCGGAUUCUUGAAUGUUAAAAACGUUGCCAUAGCAGGACUUAAUUCCUUAUAAGUAGGAACACGAGCUGCUCCAUAAGAAUGGUUGCAGACUUUGUGUAGUGUCUAUAUGUAUGGAUUCAAACACACCCUCCAAAUGUCUCUUUGCGUUUGUGUAAAUAAUGAUCGCUACAACAAUUGUACCUCUACCAUGAUAUCACUGUAUUCUAUUUCAGGUUUGUUACAUUUUAUAAGAAUGAUAUUUUUUUAUGUUUCUAUCUCA